CGACCCUUGAGCUUUAUCAGCUCAUGCAUGACACCAGGAAGUUCAUGCACAGGGCGGAACGUGAAGCACACAACAGUGGGCUUUCAGACACAAAUAUGCUGGAGUUUCCCCUGGGUGUGGAAGAGUAGAAGGGAAGAGAAGAGAGGAGGUGGGGGAGUGACGGAGGAAUGGAUGUGAAAACAGAUGAGACGCUGAAUGCUUGGAGUGAGCACUGAUGAGGACACUGUAACUAAAAGACUCAGCCAUGGCCAGCAUCCUCUACUAUGGAGAUGAACACAACUGCACCAACGUUGACCACCUGCUGAAGCGCUAUUACCUCCCAAUCUCCUACGGCGUCAUCUUCAUUGUGGGCCUGGUGGGCAAUGUGACUUCCAUCGGCAUUUACCUGACGAAGCUACGUCCCUGGAAGAGCAGCAGCAUCAUCAUGGUCAACCUGGCGCUCACCGACCUCCUCUACGUCCUCAGCAUGCCCUUCCUGGUCUACUACUACAGCAACGGGGACUCGUGGACACUCGGCGACUUUAUGUGCCGCUUUGUGCGCUUUGGCUUUCACUUUAACCUUUAUGGGAGCAUCCUCUUCCUCACGUGUCUCGCAGUUUUCCGUUAUGUGGUGGUGUUGAAGCCUUUGAGGGCGGUGCAGGUGCAGCAGAAGUUUUGGGGCAUAAUGGCGUGCUCGGCCGUCUGGAUCAUCGCCGCCAUCGAAAUCACACCCAUGUUGACGGUGAUAUCCUUGGAGAGGCUCAACAACAAGACCUACUGCAUGGACUUUGCUAGCAUCAUAUCCAAGAAGACCAACAAUGACAUGCGGUGGUACAGCUGGAUGCUCACCGGUCUCGGCUUUCUACUCCCCCUGGUGGUGGUGUUCAUGUGUUACAUCGGUAUCGUGAAACAACUGGCGAAGGGGCCGCACACGGGCAGUCCUCACCGGGUGCGGGCGCGGCGCGUGACCGUGCUGAUCCUGGUGGUGUUUGUGGUGUGCUUCCUGCCAUAUCACUUCUUGCGUACGUUGCGGAUAGAAACUCGAAGUAUCCAAGCGACGCCGUGCAUGGUGGAGCGCAUAGCACAUGCAGCAUAUAUUUUCUCCAGGCCUCUGGCUGGACUCAACACGUUCUUUAACCUGGCUCUGUACACUCUAUCAGGUGAUAGGUUCAGAAGGGCCUUCCUCAGCACUUUUUACUGGGAACAGUGGCGGACCAAGGCCAGGUCGCUGCUCCAGGUGGCCGUCGUCAACAAGCCUGGCAGUGGCAUGCCUGCUGUAUGACCGAUGACCAAUAUUUUCUUUCUUUAAUCUCUCUUUGACUCACGCUGUAGACAAACAGGAAACUCACUCACUCAGACAUGAUGUCGGGAAGGUUGCGUCACUGUGUGUCUCGCACAGACAAUAAGUCGUUUGACUUUGUCUUGCACAAACUGGAUGCCAACACCUGAAGUGUAAAUAUAGGUGAAAGUGCUUGAUGAAUUAGACCUUUGUCUAAAUCUAUCUAUAAUUUACCUGACAAACAAUGUAAUGGAUUCUUUUGUUGGCAGAAAUCUCCUUCGGUGUAGAAAGUGAAAGUGAGCUUGCAGUUCUGAGCUGUGG